CUCCUAAGCAGUUUUAUCGACACAAAAUGAUAGAAAUUGCAUCUUAAGUUAGCUAGAGAGGUUGCACACUACUAUCAUUAUUUUAAUUUGGACAAUUAUUUUCACUAUACUAUACAAAGUAAAGAAUGGACGGAAGUAGUAGUAGAUUCUUACUGGCACCUGAAAUAGUUUCACGUGACUUGACUUUUAAUGAAAAAACAUUUUCUGCUAAAUUUGUUUUUGUCCGUUGGAUUAUAUUGGGGGCUCAUUUAUCGAGGAGGCAAAGUAAGUCCAACGGGCAUUUAUAUGUGCCUUUGGAUGUGUGUAAUCAAAGGUAGUGAAAGAUUACUAGGACCCACGUGAUUUAUUUGCAGAAUGGUUGAAUGACGUGUGAUGAAAUUACUAUAUCAGUCCAUUAACUGCACAGUGAUGUGUUAACAAUGGGCCCUGUUCAUGCCAGGUGACACGUCUAAAGUUUGGAUGGAUAUUCAGUACUUUUGAAUAAAGGGUAAAUUGGACUAUUGCGAAGUUUUGUUACAGGCACUGGCUUUUGAGUCUUUUACUUGGAUUAAUUUUGUGAUGGAUUCAGUUAAUCGAUCUGCUGUGACCCCGAGUAAGAGCAAAUUGGCUCGCACAUUCGCUAAGGUUUUGCACAUUCGAGCUCUAACAGGAGGAAACCAUAAACCGAAACUCACUGAACAUGUCAAGGAUGAUGAUGUCGUAAAGAAUGAUAUACUGAAGAGUGAGCUACUCAAGAAAACACAGUUCAAGUCCUUUGAUGAUGAAGAUGAAAAGCUUCAGAAAGCAGCUGCAGAAGCUUUUCUUGCCAAGCUGUUUGCCAAUAUCUCAGCUAUUAAAGCAGCAUAUGCCCAAUUGCAAUUUGCUCAGUCUCCAUAUGACCCUGAUGGAAUUCAAUCUGCUGAUGAGUUGGUGGUGUCGGAGCUGAAAAAUUUGUCUGAAUUGAAACAGUGCUUUGUGAAGAAGCAGUUUGAUGAAUAUUCCCCAGAGAAAACUCUCCUUUUGGCUGAAAUUCAGGAACAGAAGAGUGUUUUGAAGACGUAUGAUGUCAUGGGAAAGAAGCUCGAUUCACAGCUCAAACUCAAGGAAUCAGAAAUUAUGUUUCUUCGGGAGAAGCUGGUCGAGGCUAAUAAAGAAAACAAGCUGCUUGAGAAGAGGUUGAAUGCCAGUGGGCCGGUGUCUCCUUUGGGCAAUCUUCACUUUUCAAGCUUGAACCCAAGCCAUUUUGUCACGUUCCUUCAGCAGACAAUUAGGUCGAUUCGAAGCUUUGUUAGGUUGCUUAACAAGGAGAUGGAAGAUGCUGGGUGGAAGUUAGAUGCUGCAGCCAGUUCCAUCCAACCCGGGGUAAAGUUCUUGAAAGCAAAUGACAUAUGUUAUGCCUUUGAAUCUUUCGUUUGCCGGGAGAUGUUUGAUGGUUUCAACUAUCCAAACUUUGCCGUCUCAACAGAGACCCUACCUGAGCAAAAGAAGAUGCAACGGCUGUUUUUUGACAGAUUCAUAGAGCUAAGAUCCGUGAAGCCAGCUGAUUACUUAGCCUGGAAACCCAAAUCAACUUUCGCAAGAUUCUGUCGUGCUAAGUACCUGAAACUAAUCCACCCCAAGAUGGAAGACUCCAUAUUUGGCAACCUGGAUCAAAGAAACAUACUCGAUUCGGGUGAGUAUCCAGAGACAACUUUCUUCUUCACAUUUAGCGAAAUGGCUAAGCGCAUCUGGUUACUGCACUGUCUUGCGUUCUCCUUCGACCCCAUAGCUUCAAUCUUCCAAUCAAGCAGAGGUAGUCGUUUUUCAGACGUUUACAUGGAGAGUCUGAAUGAAGAAGCAUUCUUCUCAUGGAACGGAUCACCAGAGACCGAACCACGCGUAGGUUUCACCGUGGUUCCCGGUUUCAAGAUUGGUAAAACUGUCAUUCAGUGUCAAGUUUACCUAUGUUGACCACAGCAUCAGAUUCCCUCAUUAGCAAAUGGACCCCCACAACAUCAAAACUACAGCUAUCAUCAUAUGGUGUUAUUUUAAUAUUGUGAAUGGGUACAAACAGACCAGAAUGAUGGAAGAAUAUAGAGGGGGGCAUGGCAUGGCUUUUCAAUAAAGGGAAAGCGCGUUGAUCAUCUUUGUUGUCUGUUGGAAACUUGGAAUAGUGUUACCAAACAAUGUCUUUGUUUUUCUCUGUUUGUUUGGUUGGAUAUGUAUUAUUACUAUUAGUAGUAAUAAUAGUAGUAUUUAGUAGUAAGGUUUUUAAUUUUUAAAGUAGAAAAGUCAUUCCUCCAAUUUUGUUAAUAUUUGGCGAGGGAUGGUGGAAGAAGAAUCUUAGCUGUGUACAUUAUUUUAUUAAUAUGAUUCGGCUAUAUUAUAUUGAA